CAUAGAAACUUAUUUUAAACCCUACAUAGUGCACUAAGGUAGGGAAUAGGACGUCGUUUGAGAUUCAACCAAGCUAACACAACUUCCAGUUAGGUUAGCUUCCCACCUAGUUAGCUUUGCUUGGUCACUGAGAAGUUGUUGUUAGCUGCUUGUGCAUUUUAAUUAAUCCAUGGACAUUUUCGAAAAUAGCUGAUAUUUUAUCUUUGCUCUAAACCGAGCAGGUUAGCACUAGAUUAUUAUUAUUUCACCAACUAAUUUCCCUUGAAAAGCUUAGUAAGCUAACACAGCUAAUUGAAUGGUAUGGUGGUUAGCAUAGCGGUUCAGCAUUAGCUAGUCCUUAGCUAGCUGAUUUAGCCUAACAAAAAUAAAACGAAGUCGGAAAACAUGUCCUGUGCAUGCACUUCAGCGGCACGACUGCUCAUAAAUUCAGCCCACAAAGGAUUAACAGGCCCCAGAGUUCAGUUGUUCUUUCUGAGCCGAUUGGCGAUUCAUGAAACCCGUCUGACACGAAGUACCCCUGUCAGACCGUUCUCAGAGUCAUCUAUAUUUUAUGCAUCUAAGGACGGAAUCAAAGAUGGUGAUGGUGGAAAGAAAUCUGUGAGUGAAGGAAGUGGCAAAAGAUCAAGUUCGGGCAACUCAGGGAAGGGUGGCAGUCAGCUUCGUUGCCCCAAAUGUGGAGAUCCCUGCACACACGUGGAAACAUUUGUUUCCUCAACUAGAUUUGUCAAAUGUGAAAAAUGUCAUCACUUUUUCGUGGUGCUCUCGGAAACGGACACGAAGAAGAGUCUGAAUAAAGACCCUGAAUCAGCUGCUGAAGCUGUGAAAUUGGCCUUCCAACAGAAACCCCCACCACCCCCCAAGAAGAUCUAUGCCUAUCUCGACAAGUAUGUUGUGGGUCAGGCCCAUGCAAAGAAGGUGCUGUCAGUGGCUGUGUACAACCACUACAAACGCAUUUAUAACAACAUGCCAGCCGGCUCUAGACAGCACCAGGCAGAGGUGGAGAAGCAGGCCUCUCUCACACCCCGAGAGCUAGAGCUAAGACGUCGGGAGGAUGAGUACAGAUUCACAAAGCUGCUGCAGAUUGCAGGGAUCAGCCCUCAUGGUAAUGCUUUGGGAGCCUCCAUGCAGCAGCAGGUGAACCAGCAGGCCCCUCAGGAGAGAAGAGGAGGAGAUGUGCUUGAUUCUACCCACAGUGACAUCAAGCUGGAGAAGAGCAACAUCGUAUUACUGGGCCCCACAGGCUCUGGUAAAACUCUCUUGGCCCAAACGCUGGCUAAGUGUCUAGAUGUCCCCUUUGCAAUCUGCGACUGCACUACCCUCACACAGGCCGGCUAUGUGGGCGAGGACAUUGAGUCAGUUAUUGCCAAGUUGCUGCAGGAUGCCAACUACGUUAUUGAGAAGGCUCAGCAGGGCAUUGUUUUCUUGGAUGAAGUCGACAAAAUUGGCAGUGUGCCCGGGAUCCAUCAGUUGAGAGAUGUGGGUGGAGAAGGUGUGCAGCAGGGACUGCUCAAACUCCUGGAAGGCACGAUUGUAAACGUUCCUGAAAAAAACACCAGGAAGCUGAGAGGAGAGACUGUACAAGUUGAUACUACGAACAUCUUAUUUGUAGCAUCUGGUGCUUUCAAUGGGCUGGAUCGUAUAAUCAGCAGAAGAAAGAAUGAGAAGUACCUGGGCUUUGGAGCACCAUCUAGCCUGGGUAAAGGCAGAAGGGCAGCAGCUGCAGCCGAUGUGGCUCACAUGACUGGUGGAGAGGUGGACGCUGUGGCCGAGAUCGAGGAGAAGGACCGGCUCCUGAAACACGUGGAGGCACGUGACCUCAUUGAGUUCGGCAUGAUCCCGGAGUUUGUGGGCCGCCUGCCUGUAGUGGUUCCGCUCCACAGCUUGGAUGAAGACACACUCGUCCGUAUCCUGACUGAACCUCGCAAUGCCGUGGUGCCCCAGUACCAAGCCCUCUUCAGCAUGGACAAGUGUGACCUCUCUGUGACCCCUAAUGCUCUGCGGGCUAUUGCUAGAAUGGCGCUUGAACGGAAGACAGGAGCCCGAGGACUUCGAUCGAUAAUGGAGAAGCUGCUACUGGAUCCCAUGUUUGAAGUCCCUCACUCAGACAUCGUAGCUGUGGAAGUAAACGAGGACGUGGUACUGGGGAAAACGUCCCCUCGAUACGCAAGAGCCCCAGCUAAAGAGACAGCGGAGGAGGAGUACGACUCAGGAAUGGAAGACGAGAACUGGACCAGGUUGCAGGUUGAUGCAGCCAAGAAUUAAUACAGUCCAAGUAAUCUUGUUGUUGGCUUCUUGUUUAAGCUCUUAGUGAUGACCUGUUCAGUUCAUUAAGUGAUUAUUUGACACAAGAACUUCUGAGGGCUCACGUACACACACGCAGCCCUAAACCAUCUGUCCUAAUUUGUAAGCUGUAAGUUACAGUGUGAUUUAUUAUAUUGCAUCUAUUCUGAAUUUCAUGAAAAUUGUUUAAGAGAAACAUACUGGAUUAACCACGCCUCGGAGUGAGCGACUGUUAAUAUUAAGUGUAAAAAAAAAAAAAAUUUUAUUCCUUACUAAAUGAAUGUUUGUUUGAUUUUUAUGAACUUUUUUUUUUGAAGCAGAUGGUUAUAAAGAUUAAGGUUAUAAGUUCACUUUAGCAAAACCCACAUCCAGUCAUUUUUCCAUUAUUAAUUACACGUUGGCCAUAAUGUCACAUGCAACAGCGUAAUCCUGAUAGUUAUCAUUUGUGGUACUUUUAUUCAUGUUAGUUGACAGUGCUAUGCGGCUCUUUUAGAGGGAAAUGACUCCGUAUCAUGGCGCCCCACAUGAGCUGCUUACCAAAACUACUUUGUAAUGAGUUUUUACAGUUUGCUAUCCAAGUAUUCGCUGCUGUCACUGUUACUCGAGCUGCAGUAUUUUUGUGCAUGGGAUUAUUUUAAUGGACUGGUUUCAGUGAUAAAUCUAAAGACAGACUAAACAUUGCUGACUUGAUGGCAGUCCUUUGUAAGCUGGAAUUGUCAGUGAUGUUGUCUUGCUGUUACACGGUUGCUCUGUUUAAAUGCCUCCAUUCUUCAUUUCAGCUCCCAGAUUAACACACUUCUCUCUUUCUCUCCUGCUUGCUUGUAUUUGUAAUCCACAAUCACUAAUAGAUUACAGCCUUAAAUCACUUUUCUUCCUCAGAAUAGUUUGGUGUACCACCACUCAUUCUGCAAUUUUAUUAAUACAAGUGGCAUUACUGAGCCAAAUAAAGUUUUUUUUUUUUCUCUGUUUUAUUUUUCCUGAUUUUUAAAAAAAGUAAAGAUUGAUACAAUCUUUGAUGCUUAAAUUGUGUACAUUUCUGCUUUGCCAUAACAUCGCAGGACACCAUUUAUUUUGUUUGACUUCCUAGAUUUACAAAUCUAAUGCUUGUGAAUGUUCUAGUCCAAGCAGGAGGGACUAACGAGGCUAGUGUAUUUAACCAUUUCACGUAUGGAAUGGAGGACAAUCAGGCAUCGGGGUGUGGCAUAAAUGGUGCAGCUUGGUUUUCUCAGUCAUGCAGACCUCCCAAACAGGACCUACAAGAGCAGCUGUAUCAGCUAUAAGAGCAGUUUUGGUUUAAUCCUAUUGCUAAUCUGCUGCAGAAUAUAGCCUUCAUGUUUCAGUUGCCACAAAUGAUUUUAGAAGGCUGAUUCUUGAUCACAACACUUAUUCUGAGACACUUGAUCAACUUGAAUCCAGCCUUCAUUUUGUCUUUUUGUAGAAUGUCUUGUAAAAUGUAUAGAUGAAUAAAGCUAUCCUUGACUUUCCAA